AAACAACAAUAUCCCGUUCACAAGAUUCCAAUCUAUAAUUUGACCUCUUCAAAUUAAUUAAUCAGAAUAAUACUGCUACUCUCACUCUUCAUAUUCACUAUCUAAUUUCAAACAAAGAAUCAAUCUUGAUUUCUAGAUAAAGAAUUUGAGAGGGGAAAUGGGAAAGGGUGGAAUGUCUCAUGGAAAUAGUGGGGAGGAAGAAGAGAACAUGGCAGCUUGGCUUCUGGGUGUUAAUAAUAUCAAGAUUCAGCCUUUCAAGCUCCCUCCUCUUGGCCCCCAUGAUGCUAGAAUUAGGAUGAAAGCUGUUGGUAUCUGUGGAAGUGAUGUUCACUACGUCAAGGAGAUGAAAUUAGCAGAUUUUAUUGUCAAAGAACCAAUGGUGAUUGGGCAUGAGUGUGCCGGGAUCAUUGAAGAAGUAGGUGCUGAGGUAAAACAUCUUGUGCCUGGUGAUCGCGUGGCAGUCGAACCAGGAAUCAGUUGUUGGCGUUGUAAUCUCUGCAAAGAAGGUCGAUACAAUCUGUGUACUGACAUGAAGUUUUUCGCUACUCCCCCGGUCCAUGGUUCUCUUGCAAAUCAGAUUGUGCAUCCUGCAGAUUUAUGUUUCAAACUCCCGGACAAUGUGAGUUCGGAGGAGGGGGCUAUGUGUGAGCCCUUAAGUGUUGGUGUUCAUGCAUGUCGUCGUGCGAAUAUUGGUCCUGAGACAAAUGUGUUGGUAAUUGGAGCAGGACCUAUUGGGCUUGUAACACUGCUUGCAGCCCGUGCCUUUGGGUCCCCAAGAGUUGUGAUUGUGGAUGUAGAUGAUUACCGUCUUUCAGUCGCUAAGGAGCUUGGAGCAGACAAGGCGGUCAAAGUUUCUACUGAUACAAAGGAUGUGGCUGCAGAGAUUGAUCAGAUUAAGAAAGCUAUGGGAGCUGGAGUGGACGUGAGCUUUGACUGUGUAGGCUUUAAUAAAACCAUGACAACAGCUCUUGGGGCCACCUCUUCGGGUGGAAAAGUUUGCCUCGUGGGAAUGGGUCAUAGCAUAAUGACCGUACCCCUCACCCCGGCUGCUGUAAGAGAGAUUGACUUGAUAGGCAUAUUCAGAUACAAGAACACAUGGCCUUUAUGCAUAGAGUUUCUAAGGAGCGGUAAGAUAGACGUGAAGCCAUUGAUCACCCACAGGUAUGGAUUCUCUCAGGAGGAGGUUGAAGCAGCCUUUGUAACCAGUGCACAUGGUGGUAAAGCUAUCAAGGUCAUGUUUAAUCUGUAGUAGUUGUUUCUUUAUAAAGGGUGCGAAAUAAAGAAACAAGAGAAUGUGAGAGAGAGAGGGAUACCCUCUUUUUCUUUAAGCUUGAACAAACUAUAGAUGUUAAACCUUGAAUUUGUUUUGUGAUUUACUGUUAUUGAUAAUUAAUAAAGACAUUUUAUGUAGCA